AUGACGUUGACAUCCACUUCGAUGCUCAGGUCAACUAGUAUUCCAGUCAAACCACAAGAAUUCGAGCCCGAGCCCACUUCAUCCACUUCUACAAAUACAGUGACGUCACGAAGAUCGUCGGGUGGAGGUGUCGGCCAAGGGCUGGCCAGUAAAAAACCGCCCAACAUGCACAUUAAUAUACCUGCAGAUGAAGGAGCCGAGCGGAUACCCUUAUGUGAGCAGCAUUCGCCUCUGGCACUUUAUGAGCAAGACUAUGACACGCAAGGACAGAAAAUUGGAACGAUGCUCAGGAAGUUGUCAGUGUAUAAUGCGACGGAGGCGACGAGUGUGGAAGCUGAUGAGAAGCCGAAGGCGGCGGCCGCGAAAAUGGGAACCAUCAUGGGAGUGUUCCUUCCGUGUCUUCAGAAUAUUUUUGGAGUGUUGUUCUUCAUUCGAUUGGCAUGGAUUAUUGGAACCGCCGGAAUAUUUCAGGCGUUUUUUGUUGUUUUGACUUGUGUUUCUGUGACAUUUCUUACUUCGAUCUCUCUAUCAGCCAUUGCGACAAACGGAGUGGUACCAUCUGGUGGUCCCUACUACAUGAUAUCCCGAAAUCUCGGUCCAGAACUCGGAGGUGCCGUUGGAAUUCUCUUCUACCUUGGAACCACAAUUGCCGCUUCCAUGUAUAUCACCGGAGCCAUCGAAAUCCUUCUUCUGUACAUUUAUCCACAAGCGAAACUGUUCGAUGAUAUCUAUCACAACUAUCGAGUACUAGGAACUGUUCUUCUUCUCGUUCUCGGUCUGAUUGUGAUGGCUGGAGUCAAAUUUGUGAAUCGUUGCGCUCUUCCACUGGUUAUCGUUGUGAUAUUCUGUAUUCUCUCGGCAAUUCUCGGAGUUUUUGUGAGAUACGAUGGAAGUGAUGCGUUGAAGUUCUGUAUAGUUGGAGAUCGGCCUGUCGAUUUGACCUCCUAUUACGAGAAAACGAAGAUUACUCCGAAUUGUACAUCUGAAGGACUUCGUGAUUUGUUCUGUAGUGCCAAUGGAACUUGUGAUCAUUAUUAUGAUAGGAUGAAAGACAUCAAAGUAUGGAAAGCAUCGGGAAUGCCAGCUAUUCGUGAAGAGAAAGCCAUCAAAGGAAUUGCUUCUGGAGUCUUCUUCGACAACCUCUGGCCGAAAUAUCUUCGAGGCGGAGAAGUUCUUUCGAAAGAUCGAAAAGAUAAAGGAGAUAUCAAUCGUGGUGGACAUCCGUCGUAUAUUUAUGCAGAAUCUGUUACUAAUUUCAUGAUACUUGUCGGAGUAUUCUUCCCAUCUGCAACUGGUAUUAUGGCAGGUUCAAAUCGAUCUGGUAACUUGAGAGAUGCGGCGAAAUCUAUUCCGUUGGGAACGCUGGCUGCUCAAAAUUUCUCGUCAUUUAUUUAUCUAAUCGGAGUUGUACUCUUCGGAGCAUCAGUCUCUGAAAUGUUUAUUCGUGACAAAUACGGAAGAUCUGCAAUGGGAAAACUGAUCAUCUCUGAGAUAUCUUGGCCGUUCCCUCAAGUGAUUCUCUUCGGUUGCUUCAUGUCAACUGCCGGAGCAGGAAUGCAAUCUUUGACUGGAGCUCCGAGACUUCUUCAAGCUAUUGCUGCUGAUGACGUUCUUCCAUUUUUGAAGCCAUUCCGCAAAAUGGAUUCAAGAGGAGAACCGAUCAGAGCAAUUCUUCUCACUUUGGCUAUCUGUGAAUGUGGAAUUUUGAUCGCCGUCAUUGAGAAUAUCACCGCUUUGAUCACACAAUUCUUCCUGAUGUGUUACCUCGGAGUCAACGCUGCCUGCGCCCUUCAAUCCCUUCUGAAAUCUCCUGGGUGGCGUCCAGGAUUCCGCUACUUCCACUGGGCACUUUCAAUGAUUGGAGCAAUUCUUUGUGUAGCUGUCAUGUUCAUUUCUGCCUGGCACUUUGCUCUUUUCGCCAUCAUCAUUGGAGCAGGUGUCUACAAGUACAUUGAAUACGCAGGAGCUGAAAAGGAAUGGGGAGAUGGAUUACGUGGAUUGGGACUGUCGGCCGCCCGUUUUGCUCUUCUCAACUUGGAUGACAAACCACAACAUUCGAGAAAUUGGCGUCCACAAUUGUUGGUUCUUGCUCCAGAUGUCGAAUCGGCUAAUACAAAUGGAAUCCUCUCAUUUGUGAGUCAACUAAAGGCCGGUAAAGGAUUGACGUUGGUCGCUCACUGUAUGGAAGGAGAAUAUGCGGAUAACUAUUUGAAAGCACAAGCAGUCCAAGAGAAGUUGAAAGCAAUGGUGAAGAAGAAUAAGAUCAAGGGAUUCUGUGAUGUAUUGGUCACUUCAAAUGUUACCGAAGGAAUUUCUUGUCUCGUUCAGACUUCUGGUCUCGGUGGAAUGCGUCACAAUACAGUAGUUCUGUCAUGGCCUGAUGAUUGGAGAUCUGAACAAGAUUGGAUUGUUGCCAACAAGUUUGUCUCGGCGAUUCGAGCAAUUUCUGCCGCCAAAUGUGCCAUUAUGGUGCCGAAAUAUGCGGAGAAGUUCCCAGCGAAUGGAACGAAAGUUUCUGGAUUUAUCGAUGUUUGGUGGGUUGUCCACGACGGAGGUCUUCUCAUGCUCCUUCCAUUCCUUCUUCGUCAACAUAAAACAUGGAAAAACACGACAGUUCGUCUGUUUGCAAUUGCUCAAAUGGAGGAUAACAAUGUACAAAUGAAGACAGAUCUCGAGAAAUUCCUCUAUCAUUUGAGAAUUGAUGCGGCUGUUAAUGUUAUUGAAAUGACUGACUCUGACAUCUCUGACUACACCUACGAACGUACUAUGAAAAUGGAGGAACGUAAUCAGUAUCUGAAGAAUUUGAACAAGUCGGAUCGCGAAAAAGACAUUCAAAACCAUCUGGAAAUCGUCACUCGUGAGAGAAAGCUUAGUAGAAUCAAUGAGGAAGCGCCAGCAAUCAUCCCAGAGCAACGUAAUUUGGAAGUUGUAAACGAGGAACAAGAAGAGACAAAGACUGAGAAUAGUCUGGAGAAAGUUGAACAUAAAGGAGUACGAUUCUCGGAUGAUGAGGACUCGAAAGAGGUGAAGGUCGGAAAUGGAACGUUGGAAAGAGACCGUGAAGAAAGACAACGAAAACGAAGAUACAAUGUUCAUAAAAUGCACACAGCGGUCAAAUUGAACGAGUUGAUGAGACAGAAAUCAAGUGAUGCUCAACUAGUUUUCGUCAAUCUUCCAGGACCACCGGAUGCUGAUUCUGAUUCUUAUUACAUGGACUUCAUCGAUGCUCUAACUGAAGGACUAGAUCGUGUCCUACUGGUACGUGGAACUGGAGCAGAAGUCGUCACAAUCUAUUCGUAA